AUGGCAGAUGGCGACGCGUACGUUUGGGGGGACAACACCUGCCAGGUGCUGGGCCUCACGACGAAAGCGCAAAGCCGCAAGCGCCCAUUCCCCGUCGCACUGCUCAACAAGGAACACCCGAGCGGCUACACGCGCCUGCUUCCCAAGUGCCAGAUCGUCGUCGCGGGUGGCUUGCACUCGGUCGCCGUCUCCGUCGAGGGCGACAUCUACACCUGGGGCACACACGACGAGGGACAGCUCGGUCGAAACGUCCCGAAGGACGACGACGAGGCCCCCGCGGUGCCCGGAAAGGUGACUCUGCCCGCAGAGUGCAAGGGAGCCGAGGUUAUCAACGCGGAGGCGACUGAUUCGGCCACCUUCGCGCUCUUCGACGACGGCUCUGUUUUCGGUUGCGGGGUGUUCAAGGACGACGGCGAGCUGGGGUUCUCACCGGAUAAUCCGGGGAGGCAGCACGGCAUGGCGCCGGUCGCCGGACCCCGCGCCCCGUCGCACACCGCCCCGAUCGAGUCCAUGGCUGCGGGUAACGGUCACGUCGUCCUGCUGACGAGCCGGUUCGGACGCGACGGCAAGGCGGCGUCCAAGCCCAAGGUGCUCACCCUCGGCGCCGGCGCGCAGGGUCAGCUCGGCCGCGUGGGCACCAGGAUCGGACCCCGCGCGCACUCGCGUACCCUGCUGGCUCCCGCGGCUGUUCGCAUGCCUCGCGGCGCGGGUCAGCCCGUCGCCGUGUUCGCGGGAGGGUUCCAUACCUUUGUCCUGACGGACCUGGACAAGGUGGUGGCGUUUGGCUUGAACAACUUUGGUCAGCUCGGACUGCCCCCCGACGACUCCAUGGCGGUGUUCAUCCCCAAAAUCGUCCCGUCUCUAUCCGGCAAGGGCAUCACGGAGCUCGCGUGCGGCGAACACCACACCGUAGCGCUGACCAGGUCCGGUCACGUGCUCACGUUCGGUCGGUACGCCUACGGUCGUCUGGGCAGGCGGACCGAGGAGGAGAUGGUCGACGGCGACGCCGCGGAUCCGACCCCGACGCGGGUCGCGUUCCCGGCGGGCGCCGCGUCCGUUUGUUCCGUGGCUGCGGGGUCGACGACGUCGGGUGCGAUUGACGAGCGGGGAGUGCUGUACAUGUGGGGUUGCGGCGAGGGCCACAUGCUCGGUCGCGGCGACGACGAGGACGACGUCUUCGCACCCGAGGAGGUGCCCGUUAAGGAGGGCACGUCAUGA